UGUGACGACGUAAUCUUUACGGCAAGUUUAGUGCGCCCAAAAGUAACCAAAACAGGCCCAAGUGUUUGGGUAAGUAACUUUACGUGAAUAAAUUGUUUGUCUCGUCCAUACAAAUUCACAAGAUAGGAUGGAAUGAAUUAAUGUUCAACAUAUUUUCGAAUUUCUAGGGAUCUAAUGGAGUGGUUGCUGCUCGUCCUCUGUCAUAUGUAUGAUACGCAACCACAUAAUUAGAGCGCACUUACAAUCCAAAGGAGGUUGUGACGGCCGCGUUAUGUCACGUUAACAAUAUGCUACCAUUUUAGUCCUUGUCAUAAAAGGGUCGUUUGUCAGUGUCUCGGGUACGGCAGAGAUUUGACUCCCCGUGUUUUCGCAUGGCAACACAAGCCUGGCAGCUGGAGUCAUCCCUGCGCCGCUCCGCCAGACUAGGCCUGGAAGUACUGGAGCGAGCGUCGAGACGGAGCGUAGACUGGACGAGUCCGUCUCCCAAUACAACACCAACUGAUGGCAACGCCGGGAGUGAGGUUCUGGGAAACUCAGCCCACACAAGCCUGGAUGAUGCUUUUGAGACCAUAGCGGAAUUCAUGGCACAGACAACAUAUCAAUGCAAGAACUUUUACACGUCGGAGAAUGAGCCUAUGGAAAAGGAGAGAACCCAUGUGUGCAGAUACCAUUCUCAAUCUCACCAAUGCCCAGGGACCUCAUUGCAGAUCAGGAAACAUGCACGGUCAUCACCUGAGGAUUUCCACAUUGAGGUGUCACCAGGUACCUAUGCGAUUACCGCGGGAACGCAGGACUCACAGCAACAGACCCGGCUAGUACGCAUUAAUGCAGGAGAGAGUAUGAACCUCACCUUUCACCUCUAACCCCUAACCAAUCCCCUUUGACCGUUCUGCUACAAAUAACAAAACCGUCCAAUCGGAACGUUUACAUAUGUAUUUUCAAGUGAGUCUUGUCUUCUGGAUGAAUUUGUCGCUUUAGAGCGACAGUAAUACAUUUAUUAAUUUGCUGCUAAAUGAGAAGUCAUAUUUUGAUGAUCUGAUCAGGAUUACAUUUUUUAUAUUAAAUUAUUUAUUGUCAAAUGUCUGCCUAAAAUGCAUCACGUAAUUAUGUAUUUUUUUUACCAUAUCAGUAUAAUAAAGUAUAUUUUAUAUCAAAGGUAA